AUGAACGACCUUUGGAAUUCGAAAUCAGCAGAGUUUUCAAUUCCCGGAACAUCAAAUCCACCAACAAUGGAUCAAUUAGCUAAAAUUAUCAAAUUACUUGGCCAAAGCUUGAGAAGCUUAACGAUUACUUUUCGAUGUGCAAUGCAAAUCUCUCCACAUUUAAUGGAAGCCAUCAAGACCAUUGACAAUCUGAAAUCUUUAUCCAUGAGAUUUAAUCAUUGGUUCAGCCGGUAUGAGUAUGAAACACACGAUCUACCUUCAUUAUCAGAAUUAUUUUUAUCAAUACCAAACCUCGAACAUUUAUCACUCAAUUGUGUAUCAUUAGGACAUUUGGACUUGAAACCACCAAGUCUAUCAAAAUUACGUUACUUCGCUUUUACCUAUGGCGGCGAUUUAGGAGGGAUACACGAUAUUGUUCAAGCUUCAAAACACACUUUAAAAUUCAUUGACUUUUAUACUCGUAUCCAACCUCCUGUGGAUUUACGAUUACUUCUGGAGCCAAUCAAAGAUACGCUGGAAGGUAUCUUUCCAUACUUCAUCGAAGAUCAACUUGACAAAAGUGUUACAGAUUUGGACUUCCCAAACUUAAGAGUUAUCGCAACCCAAUGUCUUGUAGACAUUUAUUGGUUGCAAGAACCGAUGUUCAAACAUAUUAGAACAAUUGUUGCAGACUUAUAUGAAACUGAACAUUAUUGGCGAGACGUUCUGAAAGAGGCUAAUGUGAAUGCUUUCGAAAAAUUGCCUAAUUUUAAACACUUUGUCUUUACUACAGAUGAAAAAUCUAAAUAUCAAGAGAUUUAUUCUGAAUUGUUGGAAGCCUUUGAAUCUCGUGGAAUUCAAUGUCAUCUUACUGAUGAAUUAACAUCAGUCCAAAUCUUGGAAUUGGAUAAUACGCUGAAUGGACCAAUGGAAAAAAAUCAUUAG